AUAAAAAUCUCCCCACUCCACUUCUAAAUCGAAUCCACCUCCGCACUUAUCCUCUCCCAAAUCCUCCCAACACCAACACCCCGAGACAACAAGAAAGCAAAAGAAAAAAACAAAAAUGCCACCCCCUCAAUACACCUUCAAUACCAGCUCAACCCCCAUCCUCCUCCUCAAAACCAAAUCCUCCCCCAAAGACAGCUACGAAGAGUACUUCUCCGCACACGGCUACACCCCCACCUUCAUCCCAGUCCUGGAACACCACUUCCACACCCCGAACCUCUCAACCGUGCAGCACCUCUUCCAAUCCGGAGACCUAACCCCAGGCCCGGGGCGCAAAUAUGGUGGGCUGAUAUUCACAAGCCAGCGAGCCGUAGAAGGGUUCGCGGCCACCCUCGACGACAUCGACGGCUCCAUCAAACAAACCUCCUCUCAAUCCCUAAUCCUCUACACCGUCGGGCCCGCCACCUCCCGAUCCCUAACCUCUAUCCGAGACGAGCACCUCCCGCACGCUACAAUCCUCGGUUCAGAGACAGGGAACGGCGAGAACCUAGCGCAGCUUAUCCUCGAGCACUAUAACUCGCUGUAUGAUGCGUCGCACGAGCCGAAGCCGCCACUGUUGUUUCUUGUUGGUGCACAGCGGCGGGACAUCAUUCCCAAGACGUUGAUGGCGGAGUCGCUGGCGCCGGGCCAGCGGAUCGGGGUUGAUGAAUUAGUGGUGUACGAGACGGGCGUAAUGGAGGGGUUUGAGGAGAGUUUUGCGGCGGCCGUUCGGGCUGCAGGGGAGUUCUUGGCUGGGGGGUUGGAGAGGGCGAUUUGGGUGGUUGUGUUCUCGCCGACGGGGUGUGAUGCUAUGUUGCGGGUUUUGAAGGCGCUUGGGGGUGGGAAAAGGAGGGUGUUUAUUGCUACGAUUGGGCCUACGACAAGGGAUCAUUUGAGGAAGUACGAGUUUGAGGCGGAUGUUUGUGCCGAGAAACCGAGUCAGGAGGGAGUGGGGAUGGGUAUUGAGAAAUUUAUGGAGAAUUGGAGAAAUAGGGUAGGGCAAUAGGUCCGUUUGCCUCUGAUCGAGUUUGUACCUAUACCAGUAUCGUAGUAUAUACCCGUCGUUAUGUUUGAUGACAGUCUUACCCUGGCUGAGCUCCUAGACAACAAUGUAUUUCCAGUUCAAGACUGACAAGCGUAAGACCGGCUUAUCCGUUAAACAAUUGAAAGCACCAGACGCCCGAAAAAUUGUCAAAAAGGCCAAUCAUAAGACUCUGCCAAUAUCGUAGUCGAUGCGCGAGCGUACUACCCUGGCUUGUCGUCUAUGCAACUAGAUAUUAAGUGCAUGGGUUCGGUCAUCCCACCCUAUUUAUCCCGACCUGUAUUCCAUCCUCGCCGAUGGAUAAGCUGUCCAUGGCAUAUGCAUGUUAUGUUCAAUCGCAAGCUCACCGCAUGAUCUCCUCAUAAAUUAGGGCUGUAAUUGUUAGU